AGCCAUUUUGGGUCAAGGUCAGUCUGGCUUCGGGGCCAGAACGUCUGCACCACACGUAGCGCUGGACAUUUCCCUCCACCCUCGGAGGCGCCAUGGAGCCGAAGCAGUUUGGCGGCAGGUGCCCCACCGACGCGAGGUUUGCAACCCAGUGCCUCUACGCGGGACAGGAGCCUGAUCCCACGACAGGUGCACGGACAUGUCCGAUCACGAUGAGCACGGGUUUUGUCUUCAAGGAUUCCGAGGAUGCCGCCGCCAAGUUUGCCCUGCAGGCGUUCGGGCCCAUCUACACUCGCAUCACGAAUCCCACCGCAGAUGCUGUCGAGAAGAAGAUAGCAGCCUUGGAGGGCGGCAUGGCCGCGCUGGCCGUAGCCUCUGGGCACGCCGCUCAACUGCUUGCCUUCAGCAACCUCUUGCAGGCAGGGGACCACUUCGUCACCACCGACAAGCUCUACGGAGGCUCCGUGACGCAGUUUGGGCGCCAGUUUAAGCAGUUCGGCUGGGAGGUCAGCUUCUGCCCCCAUGAUGACUUCGAAGCCAUCGAGAAGGCUUUCACUGAUAAGACGAAGGCUCUUUACUGCGAGGCGAUUGCCAAUCCAGGGGGUCUUGUAGUGGACCUGCAGAAACUGGCUGAGAUUGCGCAUAGUAAAGGGGUCCCCCUCAUCGUUGAUAACACUACUGCCACACCCUACCUGGUUCGACCAUUUGAGCACGGUGCUGACAUCAUCGUUCACAGCGCUACCAAGGGUCUGUGUGGCCAUGGCAACGCCAUGGGCGGCUUCAUCGUCGAGAAAGGCGAUUUCGACUGGGGCUCCGGCAAGUUCCCGAUUCUAUCAGAGCCGUGCGAUUCUUAUCACGGCAUGAAAAUGUAUGAGACUUUCGGCAAGGACGGUCCUGUGGCAGGUAUGUUUGGCACCCAGGGAAAGACCGGUCUCGCCUUCAUCAUUGCGGCUCGCACUUUGGGUUUGCGGGAUAUGGGAAUGUGCAUCAGCCCAUUCAAUGCAUUUUUGAUUUCAAUGGGGAUGGAGACGCUGCCUUUGCGAAUGCAAAAACACACAGAGAAUGCCUUGUCAGUGGCUCAGUUCUUGCAGAAGCACGAGAAGGUCCAGUGGGUCCGCUACGGCGGUCUGAAGGAUGACAAAUCCCACGGCUUGCACCUGAAGUAUUGCCCUAAAGGCGCUGGCGCCCUAUUCACCUUCGGGCUCAAGGGAGGAUACGAGUCUGGCAAGAAGCUCGUGGACUCGGUCAAAAUGAUUUCUCUCGUUGCAAACCUGGGCGACAGCCGCACGCUCAUUGCGCACCCCUCGUCGAUGAUGCACUCGCAGCUGACGGAGGAGCAGAGGAAGGCCGCAGGCGCGGAGAGCGAGACGCUCCGCAUCUCGAUCGGGAUCGAGGACGUCGAGGACAUCAUUGCCGAUCUAUCCCAGGCCCUGGAGACAUGCUAGCGGAACGACGCUGAGCUCCCCGUUGCAAUUUUGUCACCAACGUCGGAGCGGACGAACGCGUGGCGCACUCUCGGCACUCGCCUGAGCGGAACAGAGGCUCGCUGGCUGCCACGGCAACGAUCGUCUGAGCAGGCUCCCUCGUCGAUGAAAACUCGUCAGCGUCGAGGGCCUGUGUGAUUUCCAACUAAUACACAAGUUCCUAUGUAGCUGAACUCAUACAAUUGGUCUGGCACACAUUCGGUCGCGGCCAGGAAGACAAAUAUCUCGGGCCUGCGCCGUUUACCUCUCUGACUUUCUAGCCACACGUGUCUAUAGACACACCGGGA